AUGGCCCUCCACUUUGGAGCCAAGCUGGACAGAACCGGCCGGCCGCCCGACAAGGCCCAGGCUGCAGGCUGCAACGGCGCAGCUUUCCCCGGCGAAGAACAGCCAGUCGGCAGGUUCGUGUCGCCCGAGACUCCGACCUCGGUACUCUUCUGCAGUCACCAGCAUUCGGGCCUUGGGGGACAGUGCCCAAACCCCGGGGGCUGUGAGGCCCCGAGCUGUCUUCAGGGCGCAACGGCGUGCGAGGAGAGAAACGGAGACACCUCUGCGUCGCCUGCUUCAAAUUGCGUCUCCAACAGCGGAGGAAAUGCACACGGACUCGACGGAGAGGGCGUCCCUUGCUCGGCUGCCGAGAGUCGCCGUAGCGGGAAGGUGGGCGGCUUGGGGGGAGAGAAAGCCGGGAGUCUGGGGAAAGAAUCCCCGGCAAGGCAAAAGCGCGUUCUGAGCGAAGCGGAAAUCAAUCUGGAAAAGAUUUUGGAAGAAGAUUCAGGCAGAGACUGCAAUGCCGACUACCCCGUACCUAAAUGGUUGCGGGGCCAGGGCGUCUGUAGCCCCUUCACCUAUUUCCGCUCCUUCAAAGCGUCGCUUGGGAUCAUCAACUACGAUCUUCGAGGUCCUCCAGGCGGCCCGAUUGUUGUCACAUUUCACGGUCUGAACGGGACACAGCUCACCUUUUACGACAUGCAAGAAGUCCUCGCGCGUUUCGGCUACCGAACUCUGAUUUUUGAUCUCUACGGUCACGGACUAUCUGCAUCGCCGCGCUACAGUUUUUUUCUGAAGCGCUAUGGUCUCCAGUUUUUCAUAAAACAAACGGACGAACUCCUCGAGCACCUCGGCCUCCAGAAUGAGCGCAUCUCUGUAGUAGGCUUUUCGAUGGGAUGCGUCAUCGCAGCAGAGUAUGCGCUUCACCGGAAAGAGUUAGUUGACCGCAUCUGCCUGGUUGCUCCGGCGGGACUGCUCCCGAACAAGCCCUUCGCCGUCAGAGUGCUGCAACGGUUCGGGUGCAAGAAAGGCUUCGUCCAGAAAUACGAAGAGGAGGAGCACGAGGAGCGGCGACGGUCGAGCGCGUCGGCGGCUGCAGCCGGGCCGACGACUGCCGAGGCACCCGAGGAGCCUCGGAAGAAGAGCCUGUCUUGGAGAAAACGGCCUUCGGAGGGGGACAGAAAGGAGAGAAGGCGGGAAGCGGGACGAGCAAGCGGGAAGGCGUUCAGCUGCAGACAGGGCUCCGCAGCUGCAGACUCGACUGGAGCGCCAGGAGAUGCAAAGAGGCCGUCCGAACAAGGCGCCGUGUCGGGAGUCUCCCCUGGAGAACUUCUGUGGAGGAGGCUCAUGUGGCAACUCUACGUCAAGAAGGGGGUUGUCGCCACGUUUGUGGGCUGCGUCACGCACGUCCCUCUCUGGGAUGCACGGAAAAUCUACGAAAGGGUCGGAGAGACUGGGAAGCCGGUGCUCAUGUUGUGGGGUCAGGACGACGCCGUCGCGCCGCUGUCGUGCGCAACCUCGCUGCGGGCGUUGAUGCCCAACUCGCACCUGAUCACUUUUCCGGCCUGUUCGCACCUGGUCUUGGCCGACAGGGCUCAGGCGAGCAUCGGCUGCGUCAUGGCCUUUCUCGACUUCCCCGCGACGUGCGGCAUGCAGCAGUGGCGCUUCGCCCUCCCUUUUGACUCCGAGGGGACCUACGUGCAGCCGCAGGAUCGCGCGCCUCCCGGCACGCGCGCCGAAGACUAUCUCCACGAACUUGGCUACUCGCCGAAAUUCACUAUUCGCCUCGCGCAGACCCCAGACGGCGCAGGGGCUCGGCAAGGCCCGCUCCGCCGGCGCACCCGAGAGGAGACAGACACAGACCAGCAGCUCGGAAAGAGAUCCGAUGCGCCAAGAUCGGACGGAAAACCUGACUGUAGGUCUGACCGGAGGUCCACCUGUGAAGCGGAGGGAGGCGAGCGCGCGAUCCAGAGGCGCGUGCGAGCGCAGAUGAAGGCGGAGCUAGCCGCGCACGAGCGAGGCAGCUCUGUAGCCCGCGCGAAGACCAGCGCGGGGUCUCUGGAGGAAAGACAGCAGCGGCGAAUCCAGGGACCGAAACGGUCCAGAGACUGUGGCCUGGCCCCUGUGGGGGAGAGAGCGGACGAUGAGACACCAGGGACGGAGGAAGAAGAUGCGUUUGGAGAGACGCGACUGUUGCCUGUCGAGCGUUUCACGGACAGCCCGGUGGAGGGGGAGAACGGCGCAUCUGAAGACUCAGAGUUCGAAGAAGCUGUGCUGAUGCUCCCCGAUGCGGGCGACGAAGAGACAGCAGGCGGCAAACAAGAGAGGACCUCAGAGACCGUCCACCUUCCUCUCGAUGGUCUCCGGUCUCGCAGUGCCUCGGCGGCGGCUGCCGCUGCGACUUCUCACCUUUUGUCCUUUGACUCGAACUCGACGCAAGAAAUUCUUCUCCAAGGAUCCGGAGACCAAGUGCUUGUGCCGACGCUCUCUAGAGUGUCGCCGUAA